AUGGUACAAAAUAAUCUAAAGACAACUCAUCUACCUACAUUAUAUAAUCCAUUGUUAAAUUGUAUAUUCAAUAAUCCAAAUCAUUCAAAAUCCCCAUUUAAAAAUGUCAUUGAAGAGUUGAAAACCAAACAUAAUCAAUAUACUAUACUUAUACCACCAGCAUAUAUAUUAAACGAAUUUAAUGAUCCAGCAUCAGACUCAUCAAGAUCUAAAAUAAAAUUGAAAGAUUUAUGUUAUUAUAGUGAAGAUUUUAUUAAACUGCAUGUCAUUAAGACUGUAGCUCCAAUAUCAUCAACAAUCACACCAAUUUCAAAAGAACAACUGGUUACUUAUUACACGAUGAAUAAUAAACAAAUCUUAAUUAAAAAUCGAAUGAUUUAUACUGGAAAGGGGUUUAAAAGGAGUUUGAAACUUAAAAUUACAUCUAUACUGUAUGUCAAAUCAUUUUGCGAUUAUUUCCCCACUGGAUCACAAUUUAUGAUUAUUUAUAUUGAAAGUUCAUUAAUUGGUGGAACACCUCCAUAUCAAGUACCGACCAGUACUGUACAAUCAAAUGGUUCAAUUCUACUGCAAGAAGAUUUAGAUACAAUGACAUUUGAAAAAUUACUACGAAAUUUUCCUUUAUUAUCAAAAGCUGUAAGUGAUAAAUUUUAUAGACUUUUCCAUCAUAAUAAUACUCAAUCACAACUACUACGAACACGAACGAGAAAGCAAUUAAAUGUUAUAAAAACUGAAUUUAAAAAAGUAGUAGAUGAAGCAUUCAAAAUAAUUCUGGAUAGCGUCAAAGUUGAAAAUCCAAAUAGUGAACAAACGUAUAAUAUUAUAAAUCAUAUAGUUAGCAUUUAUCCUGGUAUUGAUUUUAAUAAACUAGUUCAUGAAUAUGUGGAGUUAAACUUAUACGAUGUCUUGUGGUCACAAUUAAUCUUUCAAUUUAAUUAUUCAAAUGAUGAUAAAAUGGAAUAUGAUCAAGAAGCGAUGAAAGUUUUACUGCUAUCAAAAUACGAGUCUUUAUCUUGUCUAUCAUUAAAUCAAAUGGACUUACCUAUUGAUAAACCGUGGCAAAUGAAUGAGCUAUAUUCGAGAAUAUUUUAUGCGAUUCAAGAAUUAAGAAAAUUAGCUGAUCCAUCAAUGACUAAUCUGACUUUGAAAACCAAUAUUAUUCGAAAUACUAUUGAAAUUUUAUCUAAAAGUGAUAAAAAUUUGGUAAUUGAUGCCGAUACACUUAUGGGGUUAUUGGUUAUGACGGUUGUUCAUUCUAAAAUUGAUAACCUAGAAGCUCAAAUUUACUACAUACUAAAUUUUAAUGCAACUGAAAAAUCAAAUGAUGGUCAAUUUAACUAUAUCAUGAGUAAUUUAGAUGCAGUUAUUUGUCAUGUAUCGAGUCAUGACACAAAUUUAUUGCAUUGUUCACAACAAAAUUUUGAAUUAUGGAGUGCAGUCUUUGAACAGAAUAUAUCUAAGUUAAAGGAUAUGCUUAGUGAGAUAGAUCCCGAAUCUGAUUUACCAUUAAAUCAUUUUUUGAAAAGUAAAAAUAUAAGUGGUGAAAGUUUAAUUAAUUUUGCAAUCAAAGUUAAAAAUUUCGAAAUUUAUCAAAUGAUUAUGGAAAAUCUUAAUUGGUUUUCAAUUGAUUUUAUUCUAUUUGAUAAAAAUGUGAUAAGAAAUCAAAAUUUGUUGGUGAUUGCUUUGGUUGAAGAGACGGAUGAUGAAAUUUUAGAUGAUUUGGUAAGCACUAUUUUAGAUAACACGACUUUGGAAGAGCAAAUCUCAUAUUUGAAUAUGAAAGACAAUUCGGGGAGGACCGUUGGGCAUUAUCUUUUUCACAAGCAUAAACUAAUUCCAAGACUAAGUCAUCUAAUAGAUUGGGAGAUAAAAGAUCACAAUUCACAUACUCCUUUAUUCAGUCUAUGUCGAUGUUAUGACCAUCCUGAUUAUCUCGAAAUUUUGAAAAAUGGCUUCGAUGUUGUUUAUGAAAAAUAUAAAACCAUUGAUUUUGAUCUUCAUGUGGAUAAAUCAGGUAAUACAUUAUUGCAUGUGAUUUUAAAGGGUUUACCACAAACUCAAAUUUUAUCAAAUAAACAAAACUUAAUAGAUUUGAAUGCAACAAAUACAAAAAGUUUAACUCCUUUAAUGUCGUAUGUUAAAUACAGCAGAUUGGAGAAUUUGAAAGAUAUUUUACAAGAUGAAAGAUUAGAUUUUAUGUUUGAAGAUAAUAGAAAUCAUUAUACUGUGUUUGAUUAUCUAAGUUUUGUUGCGAAUAAAUCAAAAUCAAACAAUUUGAAACAAAUUGAUCAAAUUUUAUCAAAUUAUAUAUUUGAAAAUUAUUUUCCUGAUUCUUCGACAAAAUUAUUUGUUUUAAAUGGAAAAUAUGAUUCUAAUUCGAAAGAUUGGAUUUUAAAUCUAAAAACUGAUAGUGGUCUGAAAAGUAAAACCUUAAAAUCAUUAAAACAAGUUUUAUACGUUAAAAAGCUCAAUUUUCCAAUGUCAACAAUCCCUGAAUCUGAAGUAUUUUGGAGAAAUUAUACAAUAGGAGCAGGCACCACACCAAUGUUUCAAAAAUUUAGAAUCAAUAAAUUGAUAGAUAGAUUGAACAUUUUAUUUCAAAGUAUGGUUUUUCAAAAUAUUGAUCUUCAAAAAUUUUAUCAUUCAUUUGUAACUGAUGAAGAGAUAUCUGUCCUUGAUCUGAAACAAAGGAUUUCAACCUCUGUUGAAGAGGAAAAACUGAAAUUAGGAGAUGUCAAACUAAAAUCAACUCAAGUUCAAGAAAUGCAAACAUUCCUCAAUUUUUCUUUACUGGAUCUAAAUAAUCAGGGUCAAGUAUUACAUAAAUUUAUAAAAUUACUUGAUAUAGGUGAACAAAAACAAUUGGAUUUGAAAAAUGUGGAAAACUUAUGUUUAAGUAGAAUCAAUAAUGAAGAGUUUUUUACAAAAUCUUUUGAAAUACCCGAAUACGAUUCACAGAGUGCUAGCUUGGGGAAAUUAGCUGAUUAUUUACAAUGGAUUGAAUUUAUUGGUUUUGAGUUGAAGAAAAAUAUUCAUAAAUUACUUCAAAAUAUUGAUACAUGGAAUGAUAUUUUUCAUCAUAUACGCUCAAUAAAUACAGAGUUGAGACUACAAGAACCACCUCCACCUACAGAAGGAGAACCUGCAUUAACUAAAACUAGAACUAAUAGCUCUGUAUACUCAGUCACCCAAAAUAAUGUUCAAGAUAAUGAAAGUGAAGGAUUUUUUGCAUUUGGUAAAACAAAGAAAUCAAAAUAUAAAGAUUUACUCCUUUCCAAAGCUUCACUUGUUGAAAAAUUAAUGAAAUUAAACCUUGAUUUAAAAUAUGAAUUUGAAUUAAUUGCAACAGAAAUUUCAAAUUUUUUAAAAUUUAAAACCAACUUUUUACAAUUUGGAAUAAAAAUAUACCUUAAAGAAGAACUCAUAAAUUCAAGGAAAAGGCUAUUAGAAUUGAAUAAAGUUUUGUAUAAAAUUAAAAAUUAG